AUGCUGACGUCGGAGAGAAGCCGACCACUGCUGUGCCUCGCCGGGAUAUUCUUCACGUUCGCCUGCCUCCUGACUGCCGUCUACUAUAAUUUCCCGGAGCUUGCCGACGAGGAUCGCGAACAUUUCAAGUAUCCCCGGAAUCUCGAUGAAGCCAAGCGACUCGGACUGAUCCUGUCGCAAUACAAGGAGCAGCAUUAUUAUACGGUGAUGUGCGGGAUCGUCGUCGUCUACAUCAUGCUCCAAUCGUUCGCCAUCCCGGGAUCGAUCUUCCUGUCCAUCCUCUCGGGCUAUCUGUUCCCGUUCUUCGUCGCGCUGACCCUCAUCUGCUCGUGCUCGGCCAUUGGAGCAACGGUCUGCUACUUGCUGUCGUUUCUGCUUGGGCGUGGACUGGUGACGCACUACUUCCCGGAGCGUGUCAACUCGUGGCAGACGGAGAUUGAGAAGCACAAGCAGAAUUUGUUCAACUACAUCAUUUUCCUCAGGGUGACACCCCUGCUGCCAAACUGGUUCAUCAACAUCGCCUCCCCGGUGCUGAACGUGCCCGUCUCGCCGUUCUUCUGGGGGACGUUCCUCGGGGUGGCCCCACCCUCAUUCCUCUUCAUCCAGGCUGGGGCCACCCUCGAGACGAUGACCCACACGAAUGUGGCCUGGUCGUGGCACUCGGUCGGGCUGCUCUCCUUCUUCGCUCUCCUGUCCCUACUUCCCGUGUUGUAUCGGAGAGGGAAAGGGACUGAUCGGCCCAAAAGCGAU